AUGGGGCGUCGGGCGGAUGACAGCGGGAACAGUUGUGAUCACUGGCGGAAUCCUAGCUACAGUCAUCCUCCUCUGCAUCAUUGCCGUCUUGUGCUACUGUAGGCUCCAGUACUACUGCUGCAAGAAGAGCAGAGCCGGAGAUGCAGACGAGGAGGAGGAGGAGCGCGACCUGCCCCCACACCCCAGAGGCCCCAGCUGUAAUGCCUGCAGCUCCCAAGCCCCCGAUGGCCGAGGCGGCCUGGCGCCUCUCACCAGCGAGCCCUGCGGCCAGCCGUGUGGGGGGGCGGCCGGCCACUGCACCGCCUGCUCCCCGUACAGCUCCCCCUUUUACAUACGGACGGCUGACAUGGUGCCCAAUGGGGGCGGAGGGGAGAGGCUCUCCUUCGCUCCUACAUACUACAAGGAAGGGGGACCCCUGCCCCUCAAGUUGGCAGUGCCCCAGAGUUACCCGGUGACGUGGCCAGGCUCUGGGCGUGAGGCCUUCACCAAUCCAAGGGCUAUUAGUACAGACGUGUAACCCCCUUCACCCCUGACCCCUCCACGUACCUACCUACGCUGCUGCUCCGGCAGGAACACCAGGGAGCAGCGGGGGACCCCUCCAACUGCCCACAA